AUGAAUUUAUAGAAUCCAAAUAAAUUAAAAUGGAAACAAUAAUACAUUAGAAAAUACAGAGAUCUAUUAGGGAUUUCAAAUCUUAGGGUUUCAGAAGUUCAACCGAUAGCCAAUCACAUAACUCCAGUUUAUUUGGAUCACAUAGAUAGAGCAUCAAAAAUGAGAUCAAGGUCUACGAAAUGCAAUGAUGAAAGUUUCCAAAGCAAAAAUAGUUCCUGUAGUGUUAAUAGAAAGCUAUCAGAAAUGAACUCUACCAAAAUAUAUUCAGCUGCUGAGAUGAAUUAAAUAAUCAAACAUGCCAAGCUUUGUGGGUUGCUAAAUAAUAAUCCAUAAGUAUCUCCACAUUAAUAAUAGCAUUAACCAUUAUUAGAAUAAAAUCGAAAGCAUUUCUAGGAAGUUCGAAAUCUAUAGAGGAGUUGGCAUUACUAUAAAAUAAGACAGGAAGAACAGAACUUAGAAUUCAAUAGAAUUCCUAUGGAACAACAUUAUCAAUCUAAAUUAAGUUAGAAAAGGAGGGAUAUUAAUAUACAACGAUUGAUUCAGGAAUAGAAAAGUCUAUACUAAUUACACAGCAUAUAAGCAAUUGAUGCAACAUUGUCAAAUAGUAAGAUUUGA